UCCCACCUCACGCACUCGUAAAAACUUUCCCCUUUUCCCCGUCGCUUCUUGUGAACAAAACCUCUCCCUUUCUUCUCUCUGUAUACCCAAAUCCCUUUACAAACCCUAAUUUUAAUCUUUCCUCUCCGAAAUCCAACCCCGAAACCGAGUUUUUUGCUGCUUUCUUUUGGGAGAUAUCUUUUUUUGAUCGGGAUCCGGCAACGAGAGCUCCGGUUUGAGGCGGCUUGGGCGAUCUCCGGCGAGGGAACCCUAGGGCUCCGCCGAGGAGGCAAUGAGGGAUGUUUUCGUGGCUGGCAAGGAUUGCGGCGGCGUGCUGGGGCCCGGUCCGGAAGUACUCGCGUAUGAGGAAGGAUGAGGACGAGGACGACGCGCUUCUGUGGUCGCGGGACCUCGGGCGGCACUCGGCCGGGGAGUUCUCGAUGGCGGUCGUCCAGGCCAACGAGGUUCUCGAGGACCACAGCCAGGUCGAGACCGGGCCCGACGCCACCUUCGUUGGGGUCUACGACGGCCACGGCGGGCCCGACGCCUCCCGCUUCAUCUCCGAUCACCUCUUCCUUCAUCUCAUGAGACUUGCGCGAGAAAAUGGAACUAUAUCUGAGGAUGUUGUCAGAAAUGCAUUUUCUGCAACUGAGGAUGGGUUUCUUGCACAUGUUCGCAGAACACAUCAAAUAAAACCAUUGAUUGCUGCAAUUGGAUCUUGUUGUUUAGCGGGAGUUAUAUGGAAAGGGACAUUAUACGUAGCCAAUGUGGGAGAUUCUCGAGCAGUUGUUGGUUGUUUAGGUAAGUCAAACAACAUCGUUGCUGAACAACUGACGAGAGAUCAUAAUGCAAGUAUGGAGGAGGUGAGACAAGAACUUAGGUCUCUUCAUCCAGAUGACUCGCAUAUUGUGGUUCUUAAGCAUGGGGUAUGGCGAAUCAAAGGAAUAAUCCAGGUGUCAAGAUCCAUAGGGGAUGCAUACUUAAAGAAGCCAGAAUUCUCUAUAGACCCAUCUGUCCAACGUUUCAGGCUCUCUGAACCUCUUCGCAGGCCUGUUCUUACAGCAGAGCCAUCCAUUUAUACACGAGUCCUCCGUCCACAAGAUAAGUUCUUGAUCUUUGCAUCUGAUGGACUGUGGGAGCACCUGACAAAUCAGGAAGCAGCCGAAAUUGUGUAUAAUUAUCCAAGAGCUGGAAUUGCAAGGAGGCUGGUCAGAGCAGCGUUGCAGGAAGCUGCUCGGAAGAGGGAAAUGAGGUACGUGGAUCUCAAGAAAGUGGAAAAGGGGAUCCGCCGCUUUUUCCAUGAUGACAUAACAGUUGUCGUCAUCUUCAUAGAUCACGAGUUAUUGCUGGGUUCAGAUGCAUCUGUGCCAGAAUUAUCAGUACGUGGUUUCGCUGAUGCAGCUGGACCCUCAAAUUUUUCGGUAUUGGACAAUAUUUGAAUGCAAGCUCGAUAGUCUGAUGAUAGUGUUCCUUACACCUGAAUCUCAACCAGGUUUUAUUAUCGCCCUCUAUUGUGUUCUGUUGCAUGGAAGUUUAUUCCCUUUUUACACAUAUCACUACAGUACUGCACUUCUAAGUUCGUUUUUUGUUAUGUUUUAUGUGCUGUAUUGGUUUCAAUUCUCUAGGAAAAUACUACAACAGAGCGCAAUCUCUUUUGCUUUUUCUUUUUGGAUGAGUACCAAAUACUUGCUUUCUUUAUUGUU